AUGUCCUCUUCUAUUCAAUUACCUCCAAUUGAGUCUGUAUUUAAUUUAAAUGAUUUUGAAAAAAUUGCUGCUAAGGUUCUCCCAGAACAAGUUUAUGCUUAUUAUUCAUCAUCUGCAGAUGAUGAAGUAUCAUACAGAGAAAAUCAUAAUUCAUUCCAUAAAAUUUUCUUUAAACCAAAAAUUUUGGUGGAUGUAACUAACAUUGAUUUAACCACAGAAAUAUUAGAUUCACAAGUGGACAUCCCAUUCUAUGUUAGUGCUACUGCUUUAUGUGGAUUAGGUAAUCCUAAAGGUGGAGAAUUAGAUAUUGUAAAAGGUUGUGCGGAUGUUAACGUUCCUCACAUGAUAUCUACUUUUUCAUCAUUUUCCAUCGAGGAAAUUGCUGAGGCAAAAAUAAAUGAGAAUCAAAUUCAAUGGUUGCAACUAUAUGUCAAUUCAGAUAGGAAAAUAACUCAUGACUUAAUUGUAAAAGCUGAAAGACUAGGUAUGAAGGCAUUAUUCGUUACUGUAGAUGCACCUUCUGCUGGUAAUAGAGAAAGAGAUGCAAGAUUCAAAUUUUCUGCUGCUGAAAACAAUGGACCUAAAGUAAUGGAAAAAUCUAAAGAUAAGGACGCAACAACCAAUGGUACCUCGAGAACACUUUCUAAAUUAAUAGAUACAUCUUUAACUUGGGCUGAUAUUGAAACCUUCAAGAAAUUGACUAAUAUGCCAAUAGUCUUAAAAGGUGUCCAAAGAGUUGACGAUGCUAUUAGAGCCGCCGAAAUCGGGUGUAGAGGUGUUGUUUUAUCCAAUCAUGGUGGUAGAGAAUUAGAUUUCUCGAGACCACCAUUAGAGGUUUUGGCUGAAUUAAUGCCAGUCUUGAGAGAUCGUGGACUAAAUAAAAACUUUGAUGUUCUAAUUGACGGUGGUAUUCGUCGAGGUACAGAUAUUUUAAAGGCAUUGUGUUUAGGUGCAAAGGGUGUUGGUAUUGCCGCCCCCUUCUUAUAUGCAAACUCCUUAUACGGAUCAGAAGGUGUUGAAUUAUGUACACAGCUCUUAAUUAAAGAAUUAGUUCUCUCUAUGAGAUUAUUGGGAGUUACCAAGCUAAGCGAUUUAAAUGCGGAUUUCUUAGAUUUAUCUGGUUUAUUUGCAAGGGCAAUUACUAUACCAAGAACUACAGUAUACCACGACUCUUUAGCUUAA